AAUAGUCACAAGUCGGUAGCGAUGUGAGUCGGACGCCAGCUGCUGUCCGCUUCUUGUCUUCGCGCUCUUUCGCGCCGCGAGCGGCUGACGACUGCGAAUUUGGGACAAGCACGAGUACCUUGCACCCUUUCUGACUCGCUCGUAAUCGUAUCAGCCAUCCUCUUCAGAAUUUUCACUCUAAUCGUGAUAUAAUAAUAUAGCUGUCAUUGAUGUAAUCAGUUCAAUGUUUACAUUGCGCCUGUAUCAAGCUAUGAAAAUUCAUAACGUUCUCAUAAAUCUGUCGUUACGGUGAUUGAGUUAGUGUUUUACAAAGGUAUUAUGGAUACUGGAGAGGUUGUAGUAAGGUGAUAAAUAAUCAAAAUGCCCGUGCUUCGUAACGCUGAUCACCCCGCCUCUCAAACUACAGACUCCAUAGCAGCUCGCUAUGGUGUUGCUGUGCUUGGGGCAUGGGCCGCGGAGACAGCUACAUAUCCGUUCGACUUAACCAAGACAAGGUUACAAAUACAGUCCGAGGUAGCCGCAGCCAAGCAUGGAUACACGUUGGAGAAUCACGGAAUGAUAAAAACAGCUGUUGGCAUUGCGAAGCAGGAAGGUAUUUCAAAACUAUGGAGUGGGCUCAUGCCAAUGUUCCAACGUCACGCAAUUUACUCAGGCAGUCGGUUGAUUAUUUACGAACACUUCCGCAAUGCAUUUAAAGACACCAAUGGGAAGGUCUCCCUGGGAGCUGCUUCAAUGGGCGGUCUGGUGGCAGGAUCUCUGGCACAAUUGAUAGCAUCACCAACGGAUCUGGUGAAAGUGCAAAUGCAAGCGGAAGGUCGUCGGGUACUGCAAGGAAAGCCGCGGCGUUUCGCCAAUUGUAGGCAGGCUUAUACGAUGCUGUAUUCAGAGGCUGGCAUUUUGGGUUUUUGGAGAGGUGCAAUACCGAACGUGCAACGCGCUGCACUUGUGAAUAUGGGUGACUUGGUCGCUUACGACUACAGCAAGCAGUUUCUAAUACGUGAGUUCGGAAUGGCGGACAACGCACUCGUGCACGCCGCAGCCGCCUUCGCCGCUGGCUUCGUGGCCGCCGUGAUGGGCACACCCGCCGACGUGCUUAAAACACGUCUUAUGAACCAGCCGGUGGGACCGGAUGGAAGAGGCACACUUUAUCGUGGGAUGAUUGAUUGUCUACAGCAGUCUGUGAAAAAUGAAGGAAUAUUCUCACUGUACAAAGGUUUUCUUCCGCUUUGGAUGCGGCUCGGUCCUUGGGCUUUAAUCAACUGGGUAGCGUUUGAAAACAUCAUGCUUGCAAUCGGAGGCCAUACGUUUUAAAUACCAAAAAUUGUAAAGCUUGAAUUUAUAUGGGGUUUGUGUAAUUGUUACCAAUUA